AUGCACGAGGAGUCUACGGUGGAAACACCGAGAUGUUACCGGUACACCUCCAACCAACAGAACAUCAGACUCAAGAAAACCAAGUUUCGUCGUAUUCUUCAGGAUCUCAAAGCUCAAGCCCCCAAUGUUAUUGCUGCAGAACAUGAAAUUUCCCAAACGUCGGAACGAUCCAAUAACAUCACAGACUUUGCCUUUCAUACUUCAGUCAAAGCAGCCAACUCCUCUAUCCUCUCUUCUUUUUAUACUAACACCGUAAGUCGUACCACCCAGAAACCUUUGUUCCGCAAGCUUCGUCUCUCCUCAUACAUCAACAAACGUAAAGCCAACGAACGUCUAGCCAAAUAUAUUCGUGCUAAGUUUGGCCAAGAUUGUGUCUUGACACUGUCUGAGAUGCUUCCAGCCGUCCCUUCAGACCGUCAAGUAAGUCCUCAACCUGAGCCCAUAUCACCGCGCCCAAAUACCAAUUGUGACACGCCAUGGUCUCCUAAGGCAAAUUCUACAACCACUCCAUUUUUAUCAUCAUUUAUUCUGACAAGUACUUUUAGAUAUACAAAUCUAAACUGUUUAAAGAAGACGGAUGGGUCAGAGGAUAGGAAUCGUUUGUGGAAUCGGGAGCUUACUGCAGUCUUGAACUUCUGGCAUAUACUUAACCGACUGAGAUAUAAUAGCAUUAUACCUGAAAAGUUCACCCGCGUUAUUCAGAUUGGACGUAUUAGAAGAUCUUCAGGAGGGUCGUCGUUUGAGACAAAGACUGACUAG